AUGCUCAAUCUCCUUUCAUUAUUUUCAAUUCCAAUUUUAAUUACAACUAUUUUAUUAUUUGGUUUUCCUUAUUCAACGUUAUCGAUUAAAGAAGAGCAACAACAAGUUAAUCAACAAGUUAAUCAACAAGUUAAUCAACAAGUUAAUCAACAAGUUAAUCAACAAGUUAAUCAACAAGUUAUUUUUCAAAACAAUUCAAAUAUGAGUGCUAGAUCAAUUGCUAAAAUUAUAACUGCCAGACAACAAGCAGAAGGUGUUGGGGCUCAAGUUAGAAGAUCAAUUGGUUCAAUGGGACAACAUAGAUUCGAUCCAUUCUUGAUGUUUGAUCAUUUUGCAAGCUCAGGACUCAAUGGUUUUCAAGAACAUCCCCACACUUUUAUAUCAACCUUAUCAUUAAUCUUAAGCGGGGGUUUCGCUCACGAAGACUAUACUGGAAGCAAGGGUCAAGCUAUGAGUGCGGGAGCUGGUGUUGUGCACCUGGAGAUGCCAGUCAAGACUGAGUUUGGUGACCCUUCAGGUUUACAAUUGUGGAUCCAAAUGCCACGUCAAUUUAUUGAAGCCCCUCCUCGUUAUGAUAAUAUAUUUGAAUAUGAAAACCCUGAAGUUACUUCGGAUGAUGGGAAAGUUACUGUAAGAAUUCUUUCAGGUAAAAGUUAUGGAGUAGAAUCAGUUAAAAGAUUAGCUUACAUUCCUGUUGAUUAUUACUAUUUUAAAGUUAAAGCUGGUGGAGAAUUUAAGCAAGAAGUUCAAAAAGGUUUCAAUUAUUUCCUUUAUGUAAUAAAGGGUAAUUCAUUAGUUUUAAACGAUGAUACAAAAGUCGAUCAAUAUCAAAAUGUAUUUUUUGCAGACGAUGGUGAAUAUAUUACUGGUAGAAAUGCUGCGACCAAAGAAACUCCAGAAAACGAUGUUGAAUUUGUUUUGAUUGGUGGUAAAAAACUUAAUGAGGAAAUUGUACAAUACGGUCCAUUUGUUUCUGAUACUAGAGAAAGACUUCAGCAAAAAAUUAUAGAUUAUCAAUACCAACAAAAUGCAUUUGAAAAAGUUAAAACAUGGAAAACUUUAAUUAGUGGCGGGGUUACCGAAGAAAUGAUUCAAGGACCAUUAAAUGGAAGUCUUGAGGUAAGAGCGAAACAAAAAGCAGAAUAUUUAAAACAACAAAAAGAAAAAGAAGAAAAAAAAGCAAAUUCUAAAGUUGUUGAAAAAGAUGAGCUUUAA